ACUUUUUCCCCAGGCAAAGUGAAAUCAAGCCGCGGACUCGGACAAAAAAUAUAGUUCCUCCCCCUCUUCCACUCCUUGUCGAACUCAAAAUUAACGAAAGAAACCCCCCCCGUCGUGGCUGCAUAACGGAUACGCCUUCAGCUCGCUGUUUGGGCAGUGGACGCGAGCCCUUUUCGUCGUCUUUGAAGCACUUUUGCGGUUUUUGUGUGUGUGUGUGUGCUGCUCUGCCGUGGAAGUGAGUGAGUGAUGAGUCUCGUAGCCAGUAAAGAAGCGAGAACUUGCUCAGCAGCCUGAGUAGUUCAUUUCUUUCGAUUGUUAUUAUCGCUUUUUUUGUCCAAAAAAUCGCCUUUUUGCACGUAAACUUCACCCUGGUCGCAUCGAAAGUGGAAGAAAAGUGAUUUUGAAGUCGAAGCAUGGAACUACAAGGCCUUCAAGAGGCGUUGAAAGUAGAAAUCCAAUGUCAUCAGGAUGGAGAGCUUAAGAAACAACUGCACGAAAGGCAAAGCAGAAUAACAGCCCUAAGCGAAAAACAAAAGCUGGCGGUAAGAAGUUGUCCUGUGGGGACACCAGCCAAGCCCCUCUCCCUCAUCAAGCCGCCCAGCCAGAGCAUAGCCAUCUCUGUGGUGCCGGCCAAGGCUCCCGUUUCCAUGGUGACCGCACACAUUAACGGACAAAAGGCGGCGAGCUCUGAGGCGCUGCAGACGUCCCCCAUCAACCUCCAAACGGCUAACCGAGCGGCAGCCGCCAGCACGCAGCCCCUGAGCCGGAGAACAGGGGAGCUGUGCCACUCACAGAUGUUGGGAACCCUCACAGCAGUCCCCAUAAAGGUGCCUCAGGUCAGCUCUCUGCAUCGGCUGGCAGGGCAUUCGCCCACUGUGCUACCUCAGGUUAGGCCAAAGACUCUGAUCCCGGACAGCCUUCCCCACAGCCCGUGCCAGGAGCAGCAGUCCGGCCAGCCGCUGAGCCUGCCGCGGGGCACGGCCGUGGUCAGCCCUAAGAGCCAAGGCCCGGCUUUGCCAAUCGCCAACAGCACCUUCAGCCCAGAGAGAAUGGCCAGCGGCCAGGGAGACAGCUCUCCGGCCGGCGUCUCCACGGCCAGCCCUGGGGUCGCCUACGCCAUCAUCUCCUCCGCCUCACCUGCCGGCAAUGGAGUGGCAGCCAUGAGCGAGGCUAUGAAAGUGCAGCCACUGAUCUUCAGCCCAGACAGCAAGGUGAUAAUUAUCCAGCCGCAGAUCCCCAGCAGCUCUCAGGGUUCUUCAGGUCCACCGGCUGAGAGCCAUCCAAAGGAGACCAGCCCUCCUGCCUCCUCCCCUCACAAGACCAAGAAGAAGGAGGAAGACCCAGAGAAAAUUGCCUUCAUGGUAGCCCUCGGCCUUGUCACUACAGAACACUUGGAAGAGAUCCAGAUCAAAAGGCAGGAGAGGAAGAGAAGAAGUACAGCUAACCCCGCAUACAGCAGCCUGUUCGAGCCAGAGCGCAAAAGACUUGCAUCAAAUUACCUGAACAACCCACUGUUCCUGUCAGCAAGAGACUCUGUGGAUCUGUGCUGGAAGGACGAGCUUGACCAUGAUGACCACUGUGCAGUGUGUAAAGAGGAAGGAGACCUUCAGCAGUGCCAUACCUGCACCCGCGCCUACCACCUAGACUGCUUACAACCUCCCCUCAAAUCCCCACCUAAGGGUAUGUGGAUGUGCCCCAAGUGCCAGAAGAAGGUUCUGAAUAAAGAGAACUUGUCUUGGCCACAUAACUUUGUCCAGUCUUACGUUACACACAAAACAGUGAGAGAGGAGGAGAAGAGAAAGCUGAUAAGGAGGAACAGUGAGCUGAAGAAAGAGUGCGCCCACCUUAAAGAAGAGGACCAGCGGCUCAGCAAGUCUCUCUCGAAAUGCAUGGAUCUGAAGGGCCGCCUCCUGAGCCAGCAGAGGGAGACUCAGGCCUCGCUGGAGCGCCUCAAGACUCUGAUCCGCCUCAUCCAGCGCGACCACAUGAUCCAGGUCACCAUGACGGCCACCACCACCACAGGAGCCUCUCUGCUCUCCCUGCCCUGGAUCAAACCCACCAGCAGCAGCAGCAGCAGCAGCAGCUCCCCCAGCACCACAGCGCCCGCUGCAGGCUCUGCCGCACUACUGCAGAAGAGUGUGGCCCAGACACAGGGCAACAACUGACCCCAGAGCAGGCAAAAAAGAAAAAGGAAAACAAACAACAACAAGAAAAACAUUUACACAUGACUGAGCGAGCGGCUACAGAACAGACGUGCGUUACUUUUACCACAUACAGCUCCUCCAGGGACCUGGAGAGUGAUAUCUUAACCAUUGUGGAGUUUUUCUUUUUUCUUUUUGCAAGAGCAGUAACGUUUUCAGAAAAGAAAUCCUUUAAAAAAAUUUCAGAAAAAAAAAAAUACUACAAAAAGGAAACUAUAGUAUAUCCUUCACUCGAUUCAUGACAAGUAUUUUUUAAACCCAACACCUACAGUGCUUACGAGAUUUUUUUUAAACUUAUCGUUUUUUAAUUUAAUAAAUGUUCUUGGCCUUAACGUAUUUACGACAUUUAAAAAAUAUUUUAAAAAUCAUAAAAAAAAAACAAAAAAACAAAGCAGAUAACAGUGCCGUCAUGAAUAUGCGAAAUAAGUAUUCUUCGCGGCCACAGCCUUUUCUUU